GCGCGCCGCUUCCCGACAGGCCCCGCGGCGGCAGCGCCGGGCCGCAGCCUCGCGCGCCCGCAGGCUCCGCGCCGCCGCUCCGCCAUGCGCCACAGCCUCACGCAGCUGCUGGCGGCCUCGGCCGGCGGCGCCAGCCCCUCGGGCGCCGUCUGGCCGCUGGCCGGAGCGGGGCAGGCCCCCAGAGGGCGGGAUGGCGGCGGGGAAGGCGACCCGGGCCCCGCGCGGCCCAAAGCGCAGCAGCCGCCGCGGCGGGAGCCCCCGGGCGCCUCGGAGCCGCGGCGGCAAGAGAAGGAGGCCGAGGCGCCCGGCGGCCCGCUGGAGGUGUGGGAGCAAGAGGACUGGUUCCCGGGGCUGGAGCUGGGAGACCUGCUGGAGGCGGCCCGGCCGGACUGGGACCUGGAGGCGGAGCUGAGCGGCUGCUUCUGUGGGGACCCGGAGCCGCUGCCCGCGCCGGGCCUGGGCCCGCGGCCGGCGGCGCCUGGGCGGAGGAGCGGUGGGGCCGGGAGUCGGCUGAAGGCGGCGGCGGCGGCGCGCUUGAACCGGCUGAAGAAGAAACAGUAUGUGCUGGGGCUGGAGAGCCGCCUGCAGGGCCUGGCUGCCGAGAACCGGCAGCUGCGGGACCGCAACCGCGGCCUGAGCCGCCGCCUGCGAGAGCUGGAGCGGGAGAGCAGCUACCUGCGGGCUGUGCUGGCGAACCAGAGCGCGCUGGGGCAGCUCCUGAGCCGCCUGGCCGGGACCCGCGCCGGCGGGCUGCAGCUCAGCACCAGCCUCUUCAGGGACACGGGCAGCCCCCGCCGCCAGCAGCAGCACCUCCAGCCCGCCGGCGAGAGCAGCGACCACGACUACGCCCUGCCCAGCUCCCGGCCCCGCGGCCUGGAGGAGGCGGCGGCGGGGACUGAGACGGAGGAGGAGUGGGCGGCCCCCGGCGGGAUCUGCCUGCACGUGGACCGGGAUCAGGUGUCGGUGGAGUUCUGCUCCAUCUGUGCUCGGCGGGCAGCGGCCUCCUUCAAAAUUUUCUCUUUUAGGUGGUUGCCCUGCCAGGCUCCGUUGUGUAGGGGUUAAAGAAAAGUCGUUUUCCACCUCGCAACCUGUGGAUUCAGCUGUGUUGGGGCAGAAGAGACGGGACCAGCUGCUGGCCACAUUUCCUGCUUUAUUUUAAAAGGUAGUAUAAGAAAUGAGAAUAAAGAGGUAACAGGGCUUUUGCUGUCUUUGGUUAAAAAAAAAAAAAAAGUUGAAUGCUGGGAUUAUUUACUGUCAUCCAAGAUGAUUUUUCUUAAAAGGCAAUAUUCUAUCAAACAGGUUUUACUCCACUGUAUGCAGAAUUCCAUCUGUUCAGGGGAUAUUGCCAGCACAAAAGAGACUUAGUGGAAUUAAAAGAGACUUAGACUUGCACUUCUGUGGUGGCAUCAACAGGGCUGUUCAAAGUUUCAAUCUUAGGUAACUCUGCUGUAACUGAUGGGUUAUACCAGUGCACAGGAGUCAGAGUUAACCACCAGGACCUGCAAUGACUGAUAUGCAAAAUGGAAAUAAUUUAGAUUCAACCUAAUCUCAACCUGCCUUGCUCAGACUUCAUGAACAUGCUUUAUUUUGCAGUUUAAUGUGCUUGAGGAAAAGAGAAACACUAAUGUAGCAAGCAUGGGAUGUUCCAGUGGCAUUCUUACGGUUACUUCAGUGUAGGAGUGUUAUUUUAAGUUAAUUUAAACAUGCAUUCUUUCUUGUUGCAUCACUGCUGAAUGGCAGGGUCAGGGACAGUUCUGGCCUCUGCUGUGAACCUGCACAAUGCUCUGUCGUGACACGACCUGUGGCUGUGUCUGAGAGCAGCUGAUUUUCUGACAUGCAAAAUGAUGUAUUGUGGUACAAGAACAAGGUCAAGUCCCAAGAAAGUCAGUGGCUGCAGGCAUUUCUAGUGCCUACUGAAUCAUAUUUAAACCAAAUAGAAGGGAGGAAGUUAUUUGAAACUCUAACCAACUGUACUAUCUGUAUGGUGUAUUAUUAAUGUAGCUUUUUGAAGUGAAAGCCUUGAAAUGACAUAACUUAAUACUUGAAAAUAUAUUGUAAAUGUUUCUUUGUAAUUAUGUGCCAUUCAGAUAAGAAUACAAUAUCAUAAUAAAAUGAGACUUGUUCAUCUUUCA